AUGGCGCUAUACGGAACUUCUGAUGCCCUGAUAUGCGGAGCGUUUCCUACCACUCUAAGAGGGCCGGCCCACGCAUGGUAUGGCGGCUUGAAGACCGGAACGAUUGCUUCCUUCGACCAGCUCGCCAAUGACUUCGAGCUCCACUUCGUAGUCUAUGCACGGCCAAGGCCCUCCGCGACACUGCUCCUUAUACUCAAACAAAGGGAGGACGAGCCCCUCUCACAUUUUGUGGAUCGCUUUGCCAUGCAAAUCCGGGGUUUGCCAGACACUCACCCUUCUCUAUUGGUGCAGGCAUUUAUAAUAGGCCUACGACCUUCCAGGUUCCUCUGGUCCCUCGUGGAGCGACCCCCCACCAUGGUACCAGAGAUGCUCCAAUGGGCUAACCAGUGCAUCGCGGCGGAGGCCUGGGCGACCGUAAGGAGAAGGGACGACUUUCGAUAG